CUGGACUGACAGAGCAGUUAGAUGGAACAAAAUGGCUCAUCUCAAAGCUCUCCUCAUCACAGGUCUUGUCUGUUUGGUGCAAGAGUCAAAGUCUGAAGGAAAUAUCCCGAAACCUCAAAUAACACGAACUCCUGCUGCAAAAGAGGUAUAUGAAACUGAGAAAAUUAUAUUUGAGUGCAGUGUACAAGGGGACUCUUCAGGCCUUGAGUAUACCUGGCAGAAAGGAGAUGAAAUUCUCCUCAGCUCUGAAAACACCUACAUUAUUCCAUCUGCUGACCAGUCACAGAAUGGAGACUACAAGUGCAAACUCAAAGUAGCCAAUGGCAACGAUACUUCAGCUCUCAGUGAUCCGCUGUCCUUAUCAGUUUUCAAGCUGCCCACACCAAAACUGACUGUGGUGUCUGGAUGGACUCAAGUCUUUCCAGCAGAGGAAGUGACAAUGAAGUGUGACAUUCAGCCUGCUUCAGCUGACUGGACUUACCAGUGGCACAGAGAUGGACAAGAGAUCGGCAGUGCAGACGAUGGCAGUUAUUCUAUUACAUCUACACAAACUGGGCUGCACACCUGUGUAGGAGUGCACAAACAACGGACUGUACAAACCAAGACCAGCAACGGAAUAAAUGUUAAAGUGUUCAGGGGCAGACCAAAACCUAAACUGACAAAGGACCCUGCGUCUGUCAGUGUGUUCUACACAACAGAGAGUGUCUCCCUGAAGUGUGAGGUUGCAGAAACUACAGAGGGAUGGACCUAUUUGUGGUAUAAAGACAAUAAUCCUAUCGGCGACAAUAACAGCCAGCACACCCUUACGUCAGUGGUACCAGCUGAUGGUGGAUCAUACUGGUGUCGAGUCGAGAGGGACGGAUUCAAAUCUGAACGUAGUGAUUCUUUGUCAAUAGUGAUCAAGGCUUUGCCUGAAACAAAACUGGUCAUGCAGACCAAAUGGACCAAAGUCUUCCCCUCUGAGGUUGUGAAAAUGAAGUGUGACAUUCAGCCUCCUUCUCCAGACUGGAUUUGUAAAUAUUACAGAAAUGACAAGGAGUUCAAAACCAAUGACUGCGUGUUUGACCUUCAGUCUGUUAAAACUGGAGACUCUGGAGUCUACAAAUGCAGUGCAACCCACCGCUCUUUGAAAACCCAAGACAGCAACCCCAUUCAUGUUCAUGUGUAUGACCACCAGCCAAAGCUCUCGUUGUCAGUGGAUCCCAAUGACUCACCAAUUUACACAAAAGAAAAAGUCACACUGACCUGCCACGUUCAGGAGCAGCAAGAAGGAUGGACAUAUAUGUGGUAUAAAGAUAGUGACCAAAACACUCCAAUCAAUCAGGCCAGUGAGGGAGUGUAUUCACUACCAUCUGUUCAACUAUCUCACAAUGGACAAUACAAGUGUCAGGUCAAAAGAGGGAAUUUAGUCUCUGAAUACAGUGACUCACACAGAUUAACAAUUGAAGACCCACCUGUACCAAAACUGGAGCGGCUGUCUAAAUGGGCUAAAGUUUUCCCCACCGAGGAAGUGAGAAUGAAGUGCAAUGGUGUUCCCUCUUCACCAGGAUGGACUUAUAAAUGGCACAGAGAACUACAACCACUCAAUGGCGAAAAUGCUGAUACACUUUUCAUGGGCUCUGUUGACACCAAACACAAUGGAAGAUACACUUGCCAAGGAGUCCACAAACGACACGUGGUAACUGUCGUCAGUGACAGUAUUAGCAUCCAUGUGUAUGACCACCAGCCAAAGCCCUUGUUGUCAGUGUAUCCCAACGACCCACCAAUUUACACAAAAGAAAAUGUCACACUGAUCUGCCAUGUUCAGGAGGAACAAGAAGGAUGGACAUAUAUGUGGUACAAGGACAGCGACCAAAAAACUCCAAUCAAUCAGGCCAGUGAGAGAGUGUAUUCACUACCAUCUGUUCAACUAUCUCACAAUGGACAAUACAAGUGUCAGGUCAAAAGAGGGAAUUUAGUCUCUGAAUACAGUGACUCACACGGAUUAACAAUUGAAGUCCCACCUGUACCAAAACUGGAGCAGCUGUCUAAAUGGGCUAAAGUCUUCCCCACCGAGGAAGUGAGAAUGAAGUGCAAUGGCAUUCCCUCUUCACCAAGAUGGACUUAUAAAUGGCACAGAGAACAACAAUCACUCGGUGAUAAUACCGAUACACUUUUAAUGGACUCUGUUGACACCAAGGACACUGGAAAUUACACUUGCCAAGGAGUCCACAAACGACACGUGCAAACUGUAGUCAGUGACAGUAUUAGCAUCCAUGUUUAUGGCAAUAAGGCUAAGCCCACCUUGAGUGUACACCCAAUCGAAACUUUGGUUUAUGUUGAAGAACAAGUGACCUUCACGUGUGAAGUGAAGAUUGAUUCUACAGACUGGGAAUAUCAGUGGUUCCAAAACAAUCCUCAAGAAGAAAUUCGAAAGGGUGACCCGAGAAAUAUGACUUACACAAUCCAAUCUGCCUCUGGGAAAGAUGGGGGUGAAUUUCGGUGUAAAACUACGAGAGGGGCGUACGUGUCAGAACUUAGUACGGCUAUACAAAUAAAGAUUUUACCUCGUCCUACAGCGCUGGUGAACCUGGAGACUGGGUGGGCAGACAUUCUCUCUGUGGACAGCUUGACAUUAUUGUGUGAGGUAGACAAUACAAGCAUCGCCUGGAACUACACAUGGUACAAAGAUCGCAAGGAGAUAGCAAAUGAAACUAAAAAAGAGCUUCAUAUCAAAGCCACCAAGGAAAACUACCGUAGUGAAUAUAGUUGCAAAGGGAUCCAAAGCAAUCGUCCAACAUAUUCCAUGCUUAGUGAUGCUUUUAUAGCAAACAACAUUGUUCUCAAACGGCAAAUCCUUCUGGCCAUUUCAGGUUGUUUGGUUGUUGGCUUUGUCCUCAUUGUUCUUGGCUGUAUAUAUUUUAAAUUCACCCGGAAGCCAGAGGAAGAAAGCAAACCUGAACCAGACCUGUUUUUUUCCAUGGCUGAACUGAAGAAGCGCGCAGAUAUUGUUUCGACAACAGAAUUGUGCAUAGCGGACACAGUUGCUGAGAAACCUCUUAUAACAGAAAAAACUGAAGAUGUUUCAUGUCUUUCUGAUGAGUUGCUGAAAGAAGCAAAAGAAAGCCAAAAUGAAGAGGAAGCAAAUGGAUUACAAUCAUUUAAAGGCUUGUGAACAUACCCUGACCUGUGGAUAUGUCAACCUCACAUCCCAUGAAUUGUCUAAGGCUCUAUGGCAGAAGAUAUAGAGGUAUAAUGGAUGUUACCUGGCAAAUGAUACCUUAUGAUGAUAAUGAUAGCUAUAAUUCAACCAAUAUGGCAGCUCAAAUGUAACAGGCCUCAAAGGAUCAGAACUACACGUUUUCAAGGUCUUAUAUUCCUGCACUUACAGUAGGUCUAAUUUUGCUGUAUGUUUGUUUGAGUGUUGUUUAUUCGGUUCAUGUUUAUCUUUGUAUGGGUACAAUUUUGUACUGAUUUCUUUCAAACAGAUUUAAAACAUGACGUCUGUUUUUCACAAAACCUAUAUCAGGGAUUAACCUGGAAUUUUUAGUUAUCCAGGAUGGACGUUGCCAUUUUUUUGCCGAAUUUAUUCUCUGCACCUAGCCUGGUCCCGACCAGGCUAACAGCCAAGCAAAUCAGACCUCCAUACAAUUUUUAAUUUUUAACAGCCUAAUAUACUAUUUGCUACUGUAGUUACUCGCAAAACACAACAGAUUGUCAGCCUAAUACCAUAUGGUUGGUUAUCAUUGUAAUUAGAUAGCCUUAUAAUCAUGGGUCACCAAACUAAGGCCCGCGGGCCGCCUCUGCCACACCUACAGUACUCCCCCUAUGUUACAGAAAUAGCCAUGAUUCCCCAUUCAAAAAAGGAAAACUUUACUUUGUUGUUAGCCGAUAUCAAAAGCGGUUGUUCACUUUGUGUGAAUGAUGCUAUUUUCCCCGUGAGGGAGAAACGAGAACGCGCAUGUAUCCUGAAUUACUUACACCUGGUUUGACAUACAGUAGUUGUUCCUAUUCAUCCUGGAUUGGCGUUAGUGAAACAAGUUGAGCAGGGAUGACCUAAUUAUGCUUUUGUGAAAUACCCCUUUGUUGUUGUUGUUUAUUUGGGCUCUAAUGCUCCGGUGCUGUAUGUAUAUGUUUGGUAUAUAUAUAUAUAUAUAUAUAUAUAUAUAUAUAUAUA